AUGAGACCUGUUAUUUCGUACGACGAUAUCACUCCAACCCAGCCUGGAACAGCAUUCCAGGUUGGUCCACAAGCACCUUCCGGCCACCCUCCACUUGCUAAGAAGCGCAGAACUAAUCAACGACCGGCCAAUGGACGUCAGCAAUAUUCCCAACAUUGGGAUGACCCUGGUAAUCAGGCUCAGCGUAUGCCAUAUGACGAAGGAGUAGGUAUGGCGGGCGAUGAUCUUGAGGAUGGAGAGGAAGGGGAGGAGAGCCGGGAGCUGACGCACGAGGAGAUCUGGGACGAUUCUGUCCUUGUGAAUGCCUGGGACUCGGCAAUGGCGGAGUACAAGGCCUUCCAUGGAUCUGAUGGUAAGUGGAAGGAGGAGCCAGUCACGAAGUCGCCUCUUUGGUACAACGUCCCACCAUCCGAGAAUAAAACGAAAGCCAAAGGGAAAGCCAAGGCAAGCACCUCAACAAGUACUCCUGCCUACGGCGCACAAAAUUAUCAGGCCGAUGCAGAGUCGGAGGCCGAUUCUGGCCCCAUUGAUUUCGAAACGUUCGUUCCGUCUCAUGAUCCUUCGCUAGCUGCUGCGAUGUCUGCUGUGCCAGGAGCGUCAGCUCUUUGGGAGUCUCCUGGCUCUUUUGUCAGCCAGGACGAGGCCUUCUCACGGGCGUUGUCCGCGAUGUAUUGGGGCGGCUACUACACGGCCAUUUAUCACUACCAUCGAAAUCUGGGUGCUGGUACGAGCGUGGGCGAGGAGACUGGCGAGCCCGACCGGGAAGGGAAUGAGGCACAAGGUGAGAGACAGGGAGAUGAGGCAGACGAAGAGUUGCUGCCUACUCAGAGAUGAGCUGGUGGGCAAUGUGAUGUCUGCUAAUGAUUCAAAAUGUGGGUAUGGACAUCUGCGUCAAUAUCAUACUACGCUUUCUGACAUGUA